UUCAGUUUUUAAUUGGCCAUUAAAACCCAUCUCUGAUUUCUCUCUGUUUCUGUGGUCUUCUCUUUUGCCACAUUACAUUCAAACCUCUGUUCUUCACCUUUUCUUUCUCCUUCUUUCUUUACACCUUCUCUUCCAUUUUCUUCAUGCGGUUUUGGAUUAUGAACAAAACCCAUUUCAGGAAUUCUUGAAAAAAGCGAGCUUUUUUUCUUUUUUGAUUUCUCAACAGAACUCUGCCACAAAAGCCUGGAUAUCAAUGGCGAAUUGGAGCAGUGCUUUGAGAAAAAACUAUGGAUUCAGUGAUGAUUUGGAAGAAGAAGAUGUAUGGAAUUCUGUUGAAGGUAAAGAAGAUUCUUCAAAUUUCAUCAAUAGGAAGUCUCAUGACUAUUAUUACUCUUCUUCUUCUUCUUCUUCUUCUUCUUCUUCUUCUUCUUCUUCUUCGUCUUCCACUUGGCGUCUUCCAACUGCUCCAAAAAUGAUCCCGAAAUCCAUUUCAACGAGAACACAUGAAACCCAGAUGGCGAAUAAUCGAUCCUCUGCUCCAGUGGAUAUUCCCGAUUGGUCCAAAAUUUACGGAAAAAUGGGUUCGUCGUCCGCCGGUGAAAAAACUGACGUUAGAGAUCAAGAAGACGGUGAAGAUGACGAUAUGGUGCCUCCUCAUGAAUGGAUAGCUCAGAAAUUAGCAAGAAGCAGAAUUUCGUCUUUCUCUGUUUGUGAAGGGGUUGGAAGAACUCUCAAAGGAAGAGAUUUAAGUAAAGUUCGAAACGCCAUUUUAACAAAGACGGGUUUUUUAGAGUGAUUUGAGAGAUUAUUAUCAUCAUCUUCAUCAUUUUGUUCUGUGUUUUCUUGUUUUGCUUUACUGCCAUUGUUAUGAGCUUAGUUAGAACAGAUGAGUUUCUAGCAAGAACUCGAAGAAAAAAAAAUUGAAGAAUUUGUAGCUUUUUUUGAGUAUUUAAAAUGGAGUGGGAACUGUCUCAUGUUCUAUGAUUUUGAGUUAAGAAAUGGUUUGUUGGAGUUCUUAGUUUAUAGUGUUGUGUCAAUGCAAUUUUUUUAAUAUAUUAAUUGAUAGAUCUUCUUCUCAUUCA